GCCUAACCCAUAAACUAUAUAUUUUUCUCUCUGUCCACUCAAUGGGAUUGAAUGCCUUUGUAUUUCUUAAAAAAAAAAAAACCAUAGGCAGUCGUUCAGAACCGAAACCAGCGGAGCUGCUACUCAAACUCAGGAAGCUUCAACGAGCCAAAAUGCACUUUGAAGAUGAAGUAAAGGAAAUGAUCCUUCUUAGACGUUCUAGGAACAAGGAGGAAGAUGCAGUAACUGCUGAAGCCCUACAGUUGGAGGCAAUGCUGAAUCAAAAGGAAGAGUUAAGCAGGUCUCUGCAGCUUAAAUAUGAGGACCUCCAGCUAGAGGCACAAAUGCAGCUUGAGCAGAACCAUCAGAAAGAGGAAGCAGUAAAGCAGUACUGCUUUCACAUCCAGGAGACCAAACUAAAGCAUAGAAAGAUUCGGAUGAAGUUUGAGAAUCAGCUUCAGCAAUUAAUGGAGCAGCAUAAAAACCUGUCCAACAUCUUUACUCCACAAAGACUUCCAGCAGAAAUACAAUCCGCAGAGUACACCACUGAGCAGCUGUUAAAGGCUGAACAACAGAAGUUGGAACAGUUGACCAAGCUUCUGGAUGGGUUGAGUCAUACCCAGAAUGCAGAGGUGCACAUGGAGACUUGUGAAAAGGCACCAUGAAUACCAAAUUGAUCUUGCAAACUUAAGCUGAGUAUCUU